ACGCUUUCAUGUCUUGAAAAUCUCUAACGAGCACCGUUCACUUCUCAUAUUCGUUUGUGAUCUCACACGCGUUGUGUUCGUUCAAUAGUUCCUCAAAACCACAACAUUUUUAAUCAUCAAUCAAUUUUAAUUUAAACAAAAAAAAAAAACAAGCAAAAUGAGAGAAAUCGUGCACAUUCAAGCUGGCCAGUGCGGUAACCAAAUUGGUGCUAAGUUUUGGGAAAUAAUCAGUGAUGAGCAUGGAAUUGACCCAACUGGUGCCUAUCAUGGUGACUCUGAUCUUCAACUUGAGAGAAUUAAUGUUUAUUACAAUGAAGCAUCUGGUGGUAAAUAUGUACCACGUGCAAUUCUUGUUGAUUUGGAACCAGGUACAAUGGAUUCAGUAAGAUCAGGACCAUUUGGACAAAUAUUUAGACCAGAUAAUUUUGUAUUUGGACAAUCUGGUGCUGGUAAUAAUUGGGCAAAAGGACAUUAUACUGAAGGUGCUGAAUUAGUUGAUUCAGUACUUGAUGUUGUUAGAAAAGAAGCUGAAAGUUGUGAUUGUCUACAAGGUUUUCAAUUGACUCAUUCACUUGGUGGUGGUACUGGUUCUGGUAUGGGAACAUUAUUAAUAUCAAAAAUUCGUGAAGAAUAUCCAGAUAGAAUUAUGAAUACAUAUUCUGUUGUACCAUCACCAAAAGUAUCUGAUACUGUUGUUGAACCAUACAAUGCAACAUUAUCUGUUCAUCAACUUGUUGAAAAUACUGAUGAAACAUAUUGUAUUGAUAAUGAAGCACUUUAUGAUAUUUGUUUCCGUACAUUAAAAUUAUCAACACCAACAUAUGGUGAUUUAAAUCAUCUUGUAUCAUUGACAAUGUCUGGUGUAACAACAUGCUUACGUUUCCCUGGUCAAUUAAAUGCUGAUUUAAGAAAAUUAGCUGUUAACAUGGUACCAUUCCCACGUUUACAUUUCUUUAUGCCUGGUUUUGCACCAUUAACAUCACGUGGUAGCCAACAAUACAGAGCAUUAUCUGUUCCUGAAUUAACACAACAAAUGUUUGAUGCUAAAAAUAUGAUGGCUGCUUGUGAUCCAAGACACGGAAGAUAUUUAACUGUUGCUGCUAUUUUCCGUGGACGUAUGUCAAUGAAAGAAGUUGAUGAACAAAUGCUUAACAUUCAAAAUAAGAAUAGUUCAUACUUUGUUGAAUGGAUUCCAAACAAUGUCAAGACAGCCGUUUGUGAUAUUCCACCACGUGGUCUUAAAAUGUCAGCUACAUUUAUUGGUAACUCAACAGCAAUUCAAGAACUUUUCAAACGUAUUUCUGAACAAUUCACUGCUAUGUUCAGAAGAAAGGCUUUCUUGCAUUGGUAUACUGGUGAAGGUAUGGACGAAAUGGAAUUCACUGAAGCUGAAUCAAACAUGAACGAUCUUGUUUCUGAAUAUCAACAAUAUCAAGAAGCAACUGCUGAUGAAGAUGCCGAAUUUGAUGAAGAACAAGAAGGCGAAGUUGAUGAGAAUUAAAUUUAAUAACAAAUGAUAUUUAACUAAAACAACAACAACAUUAAGAAAAAAAAAAAAAAAAAAAUAUCUCCACUAUUUCUCUGUACUCUCUACCUUCUUCUUAAUCGCAUGAACACACGCACGUUCACGCUUCUUAAUUUUCGGUUAAAUCGUUAAUAAUAUUUAUAAAUUUUUUUUCAUUUUUUUAUACAAAAAAACAGUAUGUAUUAUUUUUUUUUUUUUCACGAUCAAACCGCAUUUUAAAUCUGCGUGCGCAAUUGUUGACUAUUUUUUUUUUUUUUUUUCUUAAUCUGUGUACGCUCUUUUUUUUUUUUAUUAAAUUUUUUUUUUUCAUCGACGAUAACUAUUGCUUUUAUUAUUUCAAUACAAUAUAAAUAUAUAUAUUAAUUAAGAAAUUUUUUUUGUAAGAAAUAAAAUUAAAGAAGAAAAAAAAUAAUAAAGUACUUUUUCAUAAGAGAAGCCGUGAUUCCGCAGUGUAACAACACACUUCAUGUGACCAUCGAC